AUGAACCGUUUGCUCACCGAAGUUGCUAGUCAGAAUCCGAGUGCCCUGGCUAUCGAAGAUGGGCCACGUAUCCUCACAUACAAUGAUCUCUUGAAAAGAGCGGAUGCCUUGGCACAAACAGUUCAGAAAUAUCCGCUUGAGCCCAAUGAGGCAAUUGCCGUGAUCUUUGGUCCAAGUAUCGAGAUGGUCAUUGCACAGGUUGCACUUCUUCGUCUAAAUCUGACAAGUGUGCCUUUAAACCCCGGUUUGCCCAACCUUCGAAUCAAGAAAAUGCUUGGGGAUAUCAACGUCCGCUAUGCAAUCGGUUCGGCCGAAGUCGAGAAUUUAGACCUGUCUAUCAUUCCGAUGCCGACUGAUGAUUUGGAGUUCUGUCAAGAAGAUUCAUCAUCAUCUAAAAUCAUGCAGGACCCAAAUCACAGCCAUAUCCUUUUCACCUCUGGAUCAACUGGGAAGCCCAAGGCUGUCCAUAUUACCCCAGAAAGUCUGGUCAACCUUGCCACAUCUACCAAAGUCACUCCCCUCAAAACAACCGACCGUGUUGCGUUGAUCAACAAUUCAGGGUUCGAUAUUUCUCUUUUCGAAGUCUGGGCAUCCCUUCUUUCUGGUUCUACUAUUGUCGUUGUACCAAGAGAGAUUGUCAUUGAUCCUCUUGCCUUCCGUGAUUUCAUAGCCGAACGCCAAUUGACCGUUAUUUUCUUGACAACCUCGCUCUUUAACGCUACGGCUCUCGCUUGCCCUACGGCCUUUCAAGACGUACGUGAGGUACUGACGGCGGGUGAGGUCGCGAGUCCGUUGGCGAUGCGUACGGCCUUGGAAUCUGGAGGAUCACCCGAGCGCCUAUGGAAUACUUAUGGCCCCACCGAGACGACGAGCUUUUCAACACUUCAACUCGUAACUUUGAAAGAAGCGCAGCGCGAGAAGAUUGGAAUAGGUCAGCCUAGUGGAGACAUUGUCUUUCUACUAGAUGAUAAGUUUGUCCCAAUUACCACCAACAACACAGUUGGGGAAAUAUUCAUCGGUGGACCAGGAACCUCGCCUGGUUAUAUCGGGCGGCCCGAGGAGACUGCUUCCCAGUUUCUAGAUUUCACAGGGCAUGAUCUAGGCAUCGAUACUCCAGAGGCAGUGCGCCUCUACAAAACAGGCGAUUUGGCACAGUGGCGAGACUAUUCUACGAAUACCUUGGAUUUCAUCGGACGAGUAGACCGACAGAUCAAACAAGACGGAUUUCGUGUCGAGUUGGAAGAGGUGGAAAAGAUUCUGCUCACUAGCGGCUGGUUUACAAGAUCUGUCGUGGAGCAACUACGAAGGAAUGAGCAAACAGAGCCGUUCCUGGUUGCAUAUGUCACGAGUAGAGUGGCUGGAAUUUCCAAGCAACGGGUUAUGAGUUGGGCAUCUGGUCGAAUGCCACCCUAUAUGGUGCCGCGUGAUAUUGUGUUCUGUUCCAGCUUUCCUCUAACACAAAGCAACAAGGUGGACCUUAAAGCCCUUGAGAAGUCUUAUUGGGAGUACUAUGAAGAUGCCCAAACAAAGACUGGGGCUGAAAAUCAAGAUUCAGAACUCAUCGCCCUAGCUCGAGAUCUUUGGUCAUCUUUGCUGGGUGUACCGAGAAUCAGCGAUGAAGAUGACUUUUUUACCCUCGGAGGUUCUUCGAUCAAGUCAGCAACGUUGAUCAGCAAAUUGCGCUUGAACAUGGGCAGAACUAUUUCUAUGCGGGCUCUCCACGAAAAUCCUCGGUUUAGUGAUUUCGUUGCCUACUUGAAAGAGUUCGCUGAAGGUACUGUGGCAACACACCAAUCUGAGCGAUGGAGAGAAGAUUCGUACCUGGCAGACAAUCUCACUAUCAUUCCCGGAGAUGUCCCAGAAUGGCUUUCGGAGAAUGAAGGUCGCGUGUUUAUGACUGGAGCUACUGGAUUCGUCGGUAUCAAUUUUCUCACUCGACUUCUGGGUCAUCCGGGCGUGAAAGAAGUUGUUUGCCUGGUGAGGGAAAGAAACAAUAUGACGCCCCGCCUUCGGAUCGAACAAGUACUGAAGAAAUAUAAUCUUUGGGACAGUACUUCUUCCAGCCUUUCAAAACUCACCGUGCUGAACGGGGACAUCACCAAAGAUAAACUUGGUCUGUUACAGGAUGAUUUCACCUGGCUUGUUGAUUGGGCUAGCGUGGUCUUCCACCUUGGAGCGAAAGUCAAUUUCUGUGAGCCCUACGAGGCCCAUUUCGACGCCAACGUUCUGGGUACAAAGAAUGUGCUCCAGGUUGCUACCAGUGGUCGACUGAAGUCGUUCCAUUUCACUUCUAGUAUCGACGCCUGGGGUCCCAAUGGAUUAAUUCUUGGUACACGAAGAUGCUUGGAAGACGAUACACUUGAACCGAACCUGAAAGGUCUUCCAUACGACAUCGGGUAUGCAGCGAGUAAAUGGACAUCCGAGCAAAUGGUACGCCGUGCUCGAGACAGAGGCCUUCCCACAGCCAUCUAUCGGCCCGGUUUUACCACGGGGGAUUCAAACACGGGCAGUGGAAACCCUGACGACUUUUUUGCUCGCUUGAUGGUCGGAUCGAUCCAAAUUGGUGCGUUUCCCCACUUGCCUAGACAGCGAAUGGAAUACGUGACUGUGGACUAUGUCUGUAACGCAAUGCUUCACAUCGCUUCGGAUAAUACCAACCUGGGUCAAUCAUAUAGCCUUGUUGCUCCUGACCCAGCUGACUCGGUCAACCUGGAGAAGACGGUCGAUGUCAUCAAUGAUGCUGGAUAUCCGGUCGAGAGAAUCCCGUACUGGGACUGGGUUUGUCGACUCCAAGAUCCCAAGAACCAGGACAACCCGCUCAUGCCCUUGAUGCCUCUUCUGCAAGAGAAGGUUUGGGGUGACUUGACCAGGUUUGAGACGAGUCGAGAAACACCUCACUAUGAUUCAACCAAUGCGGUUGCCGCUCUGGCCGAUGCUCCUGAGAUUGUAUACAGUCCCUUCAGCCCUGAUCAACUGAACCGUUUCUUAGCAUUCUGGGGAGCGAAGGGCUUCUACUCCGUUUGA